AUGGAAUAUGUUCGGAAGCAUACAGCAAUUCCAGUGCCCCAGGUGGUGGCAUACGCAUCCAGCGCCUCCAACGAGCUGGGUUACGAAUGGAUUCUCAUGGAAAAAAUGCCUGGCGUCUCGGGUUCGGAGUUCUGGGAUGAGACUAUGCCAUUUGACGCUAAGAAGCGUCUUGCCAUCGACAUUGCAGGCUACAUGAAGACCCUGUUGCAGCUUCGCUUCCUGCUGCUGGGUAACCCGUACUUUUCCGACAUCUGGCUCCAGGUUAACUACACGCCCGUGACGUGGCAGGAGCACGACCCAGACUGCAAGCUGUCUGACCCCGACGACAAUCUCGGCCUUGACCCCGCCUUCGUCGCCGGUCGCAUGGUGUCGCCCAGCUUCUACAGCGGCAAGCGUUUUUUCUUGCAAGCGCAUCGCGGUUCCUACGGCACAGCACGCGACCCCAUCGUCGCCAAGAUCGACCUACUCGGCCAGCGAAUUCACCGCCUCACACCCAAGCCCGGCACCGAGUACUAUUGCAACACCGAUGAGAGCCUGGCUGAGGGUGGACCCGAGGCGCUCGAGGCUUUCGACGAGCUGCGCCAGGUUGCGCCGCGCAUCUUUAGCGACGCCGAAGGCCCCGAAGAUGCCAAGGUGCUGCGCGGCAUCUACGCCAAGGCACUAGGGGACGCCCUAUUCGACAACUCGCUACAUUCCAAGGAUGAGGUGAAUCUCAAGAAGAAAGUGCGUCAUUUGGUGGAGAUAUUUGAAGAUCGGUGGGAGAGCGUGACCUCCUGGCUGAAUAACGAGAUCGACAGAGAGAAGUAUGGCCUGAGUGCUGCCGAGGAUAGUGGGGAGGAGAGUGACGAGGAGGCUAUCGAGGGAAGCGAAGACGAUGACAUGAACGAAGGUGGCGAAACCAGCCAAGAGCCUCAGGGUGUGGUCAUGAGGGUUAUCCUCCGUUUGAAGAGAAUGGCGUUAGGGCGUCUGAGUGUGCUGGGAUUGUAUUAAGGCAAUCAGACCACCACCCGUUUACACAAACAGGUCUCAUGAGUCAAAACACCACGACAUUGGCUUCUAUAGUCACUGAAGGGCAGACGUCUGGAGGUUUAAAGGGACCCUGAGUUGGGCUUCUCCAACCCCACCCCAACCCAGCCAUCCACAGCAACUUCUUCUCACCAAGGCACAUAGCUGGUUAACCACAUCGCAAUACAAGACAACAUAGCACACCCGCUCAUCUCAGACAAUUUGCUUACAUGAGUAUCAAUGCCUAAGCGCACUUUCCUAGCCUUCCUCGAAACCAUCCCGGCCGAAAAGCUGGAGGGCUUCCCGCCAUGC